AUGGAUCGAGUUUUGUGCCAUGGUGAUUUAUGGUCUAUGAAUACUCUCUGGAGGAAGGAGGGGAAGGAGCUAUCUCUUGCUGCUCUCAUAGAUUAUCAGACAGCUCACUUUGGAUGCGCUGGGACGGAUCUCGUGCGUUUAUUCGCCACAUGCGUGAGCGGUAAAGACCGACGUGCGCAUUGGGAAGAGCUCUUGGGAUUUUUCUACGGAUAUCUUUUAGAAGAACUCGGGUGUAGAAAAGCACCAUAUACGCUUGAACAGCUGAAAGAGUCAUAUCGACGAUUCUUUCCGCUUGGUGGCUAUAUGACUAUACCCAUGAUAGGAACACUUUUUGAGACACUCUUCAAGAGUCCAGACGAGCAACUGAGACAAAAGUGCUUGGAGAUAGUGAAUGAGAAAAUCGACUGCAUACUGGAUGAUAUUUUCUACUAUCAUGACCGGAAUAUGAGAAUACAGAAAGGAUAA